AUGCCCUACGAAAGCUUUACAACGCAAGAACAGGUGGAAAUCACCGAAGUCGUGCAGGACUCGGCCACCCACGCGUGGAUGUAUGUGCUGCAUGUUCAGCGUGGCAAUACAAGCACGCACUCUUCACCUCGUGGGCCCGUAGAAGAGGGUUUUAGUCAUGAAUAUAUCAUCAGCCGUCGCUUCAGUGAGUUCAAGCAGCUCCACAUGACACUGACGUCCGUCAUGGGUGAGGCGCUUACACCGCUGCCAGCAGAUGGACUUAUGACGCUCAUUCUCGCAGAUAAUCAGGCACUGCUAGACGAGCGACGUCAAGUACUGGCCCAGAUUGUCAUUGAUAUUUUGAAUCACCCGGUGGCACGUGACCUGCCGGACGUGCUGGAGUUUCUUGGCCACGAGUCCCUCAGCGCCAAGGUCAUGGGUCCAAUGUCGGGUCAGUGCACGGACUCGAUCCACAAAACAUCGAGUCCCGCGUGGACGGCACUCAUCGGUUCAUGUCGCACGUCGGUGCUGUCAUUGUAG